CGCCCAAGGGCGACGAAUGUGCGUCGCUUAGUGACUGUUGCUAGAGCAGGACGAUGGUGUCGUGAACAGAACGCCGCCGCCAGUAGAGCUCAUGCGCAGGUAGCUCGAGGAAGGGGCGGGGCCGGAAGCAGCGGGCGGCUCAGGCAGUGACGGUUUUAAAUCCCCCUGGCCCGGCCGGUUCCUUUCCCCGGCUAGUGAUGGACGCGCGAGCGCGGGCUAAGCGCUAUGAGAAGCUCGACUUCCUGGGCGAGGGGCAGUUUGCCACUGUUUAUAAAGCAAGGGAUAAGAACACCAAUCAAAUUGUUGCUAUUAAAAAGAUUAAACUUGGACAUAGAUCGGAAGCUAAAGAUGGAAUCAACAGAACAGCCCUGAGGGAGAUAAAAUUGUUACAGGAGCUAAGCCAUCCAAAUAUCAUUGGUCUUCUUGAUGCAUUUGGACACAAAUCCAAUAUUAGUCUGGUCUUUGAUUUUAUGGAAACAGAUCUAGAGGUUAUAAUCAAGGAUAGUAGUCUUGUGCUGACACAAUCUCACAUCAAAGCAUAUAUGUUGAUGACACUUCAAGGAUUGGAAUAUUUACAUCGGCACUGGAUUCUGCACAGGGAUCUCAAACCAAACAAUCUGUUACUAGAUGAAAAUGGGGUUCUAAAAUUGGCUGACUUUGGCUUGGCAAAAUCUUUUGGAAGUCCAAAUAGAGUCUAUACACACCAGGUAGUAACAAGAUGGUAUCGAGCACUGAGCUACUGUUGGUGCUAGAAUGUAGGUGUGGUGUAGAUAUGUGGGCUGUUGCUGAUCUUAGCAGAACUGCUUCUUAGGGUUCCUUUUUUGCCAGGAGACUCUGAUCUUGAUCAGCUGACAAAAAUAUUUGAAACGCUAGACCCAACAGAAGAACAGUGGCCUGGCAUGUCUAGUCUUCCAGAUUAUGUAACAUUUAAGAGUUUUCCUGGAAUGCCGCUUCAGCAUAUCUUCAGUGCAGCUGGUGAUGACUUGCUAGAUCUCCUCCAAGGUCUAUUCAUAUUUAAUCCUUGUACUAGGAUCACAGCUACACAGGCAUUGAAACAGAAGUAUUUUAGUAAUCGACCAGGACCAACACCAGGAAGUCAAUUGCCAAGACCAAACUGUCCUGCAGAAGCCUUAAAAGAACAACAAAAUUCACUUUUAAAUUUAAAAAGGAAGAGAACAGAAGGAAUAGAUCAAGGAUUACCAAAAAAGUUGAUUUUUUGAUUACCGUGGAUGAUGAUGAUUAAAUGGCCUGAAAGACUAAGAUAAUGGGAAAAUGCUGCAACGUUAGCUGAACUUUGAUGAAAAGUGAAUUUGUAAUAUAUUUACAUGUGUAAAAUGUGAAACUUAAUAUUUCAAUGCUGAAACCACGUGGAGUGUUUUAUUAAACCUAUUCCUUUUUGAAUAAAUAUAUUUUUUAAAAAGAGCAAAAUUUUUUGAACUGCCUUGCUGUAUAAUUACUUUGAAAUGUGUUUGUGUAGUAACUAUGGGAAGACUCUAUGGUGAUGAAGAAUAACUUGAGAUGCAGGCUUUAAUGAAUGAAGUGCUGUGCUGAUGCAAACCCUACUCUAGAAGAGAGCCCCAGGUGUGGAGCCUGUGUGCAGAUGAAUGUUUGUUAGCCCAUAUACAGUUUUUUCCACCCAUCUGUACUGGACAUAAGGAGAUGUCAUAGUGUUUUAACUUCGUUCCAGUUAAAUCUGCCAGUGCAAUAACAGAGUGUGCACUUGUUCUUGUGACAGACGUACUUGAAAAGUCUUCAAGGUGUAUCCAUGCUGAGUUUUGAACUACAAGGAGGUACUCCUCAAUUUGAUCCUCCAAAAGAACCAACUUAUUGAAAAGAAGAAAUAAAAAUAUUUGGAAUAGAAUGCUAAGGAGAUAAACAAGAAGGCUUUGCAGCCUGUAGAGCUGCAGUAUGUUUAAAAAGGAGUGGAGGGAUGUCUGAAGAGUAAUGUGGCAGACCUCCUAUAUGGUGCUGCUUAUGACUCAUAUUUGGAUGAAAUGGUUGUUAUGUAACCGAGUACAGUAAUUAGUCAUCCCAAGAAAACACUAGGGAAAAAAUAAUUGUAUUUCCUGUAUUGUGUAUUGACCACUAGUAAUUUUAAAUUCGCUGUAAAUCUCCUCCAAGACUUAAUGGACUCCAUAUGUAGAUAGAAAUUCAUAUUUAAUAACAUUUGGUUUGAGUGACAAAUUCUGUUUAGAAGUUACUUUAGCCUGAAAACAGAACUCAAUGUACACGUGUCAUAACUGAACAAUUACAGAUGCAGGAUUCUGAUGGAACAAAUGGCUGUGCACUCUCAUCUGUAGCAGGCAUAUACUCAAAUGCACUUAUCUGAGAUCACACUGUGUGGGAAGGGAGGUUCUAUAAUAAACUCACUUAGCUUCCUUGAGGUAGUUACUGCUCCUUGCUGGAUUUCAGAGCCCACAUACUGUUCUGAAAUUUAAAUCUCUAGCCAAAAGUAGGAUGCAAAAUGAGGAUAAUACCUAGCUCUUGGGUGUAGUAAACACUGUUUGUAGAGCACUAGAAGUGCUAAGUAUUAUAGAAACCACUUCCAGAUUAUUUUGCACUGCAUGAUGAAGAAUUGCUGCAGGUGCCCAGGAGCCAGAAGACAUUGCCAUUACCAGGAAGUCAGUUUCCCAAGAGGAAACAUUCUCUAGUGAAAUAAGUAAUGCCUCUUGGCACUUGUAUUGUUUGGAAAAAGAUUGAUUUAAAUGGAGCUCUGUCAGUUAGUUUAGGUGCAGAAUGGAGAUAACAACCUUACUUAGCUAAAGCACACUAAGGUUUCACAUGAGCACCAGUGAAUUUGAGAGUCAGGUUGCAUGUAGCAGUGGGAGAAGAGUAAUGCUGGCAUAUAGAGCAUCUUCUCCAGGUUUCUUUAGGGGAGUAGACAACUUUUAAUUCCUUCUAGCAGGCAGUUGCCCUUCUUGCCAAGCUUCUGAGGGAAUCUUUGUGUAUAAACCAGAGGAGUGGGAUUCAUGGGGUAAAGGCACUUGAAGAAUUAUUCUAUCCCCACUUUUAGGUCAGCUGGGGUAGGGGAUGCCUGCUUCUGGCAGGAAUCCUCAAGGAGGGGCCUGGUUGCCGUACCUCCAUGGGAGGGUUUCCCCCAGCUUGUAGGUCAAUGGAAUAGGAUCUCCAUUUCUCUUCCUCCUUUGGGUAAAUCUAUGUAUAGGGUAGAAGGUAUGUUGGCUGCCAUGUUUAGCCCUAGUGCUGAUGGGGCCUUUUGUAAUUUUAACAUUAUAGCUAGUCCAGGUGAAUACUAGGUUCCCUGCUGGGUUUCAUCUAACCAGCAGCAUGGUCUUCUAUAAGAUUUUAAAACUCAUUUCUUUUAUUUAAAAAGCUUUUUUCUAGUGUGGACAAAGCCCUCGAGCAACCCAGUCCGUCAUGGUGAGAAGGACAGGGUAAGAAUGGUAAACACUGUUUGGGGGUGUUUUAAUAGCUGUGGGCUGGACCUUGUAGAUGGUGUGAAGAUUGCUGAAAAGGGCUGCUGCUUUUGAGCAGCAGACAGGGUAAGGAGAGAACCUGGGUGUUGAAUAGCUACAUCUGCUACUUCUGGGGGGAUUCUACAUGACAGCACACCUGCAGAAAACACCUGACUCCCCCAGAAGUCCUGUGUUCCCCUGCAGAAAAGCAAAGGGAAGCCAUGCGGGGGAGUGGGGGAGGAACAACCAUGGAUGCAGUUUUGGGGGGGGGAUUGCACUCCCAAGCAGGUCAGGCAUGGGGGGGCCCCCACAGGUUUACAUGCCACUGCCCCCCUUCAUUUCUGCAAGCACAGAGCUGGCCGGCUGAAGGAGGCUAUGUCUCUGCUGACUCCUGGAUCCUAGUGCCAGUUGUGCACCCCUUCUGUGUGCUGCGAGCCUUCCUGUUUUCUGUGCAACAGUGAGUGUCCAUGGUGGGGCUGGGUUAAGAUGGGGAUCAGGGAAGAGGCAGUGAGGAAAGGAGGAGAAUGGAAUAAGGGGCGGGGAUGAGGGGCUGUGUUGAAGAGGCAGUGGGGAAGGAAGGAGGGUGGAAUAAGGCAGGGGGAGGGCUUAUUGUUAAUGGCUUAUUGAGGAAAUGUGCACAAGAUCAAGGAUUACCCCAGGAGCUGUGUACAAUAGAAACCUCAGAUAGCACUACGCAAUGGGGACUGUUUGACCCAGGUCACAGGAAAAGAGCUUUUCAGCAAGUGGGAAGAAGAUGAUAUAAAAGGGAGACAAUGA